AUGGAUUUCGAAUUCCUGAUGAAUAUUAAGUUGAGUCAAUAUCAAUUUUAUAUUAAAUCUGAAAAGUCAUGUUCAGAUGCGGCAAGUCUGUAUUCUAAGGCUUUAGGUCCAGAGACAAAAACCCGUUAUUCAGGUCCACAAGUAUUUGGCCUUCAAUUAGAAAUACUUCAAAAAAUAAGAGAUAAUAAAAGACAAACGACAGUUUUAAAAUCAUUUGAUAAUUUAACUUCAACUGGACAAAAUAAUCAUGCUAAAAAAUUUGCAAACACUAUACAUACAAUAUUUGAUCAAGUAGCAAAUAAGAAUUGCCAUUCGGAAGAUGAGCCUAUAUUAAAAUCAAUUGAGUUUGAUAUUAAUAAUAAAUCUUUCUACUUAUCACUUUUCUCUUUUGACAAGAAGAUAUGA